UUCUGUGAUUGCUGUGGAUGUGGCAGGUUCUUUCUGGGAGAGAUGGAGGAGAAGUGUGUCGUAGGGGUGUGGUAUGAUGAUGUGAGGGGAGGGGCAAGCCCGGCGGACACGUGGUAAUCAGGCUUGUAGAAAGACUGCAGAGUCCUUGAUCGUGGAAAAGGACCGCGUCGUGAUUGGGUGGUCAGUUGCCUGUGUGAAUACGGCAAUGGAUAUUUAACUUUCCGUACGGCCUGCCACAGAGGGUUCAAGUUUGGCAUUUCUGCAAUGCUCUGUACAUCCCACAGGGCGAUUUACAUCGACCAGGGCACCUAAUGUGAUUGCUGGGGUAUAGCCGAUUCCUUGUACAGCAGACGGUAGAAAGGGAUGUCAUUGAGUGGAUCCUGAUCGUCCUGUUGAUCAGUAUUUGGCACGUGCGAAGUACUCACAGGUUUGUGAACUGGCGAGAAUGCUCUUGGUAUGCAGAUGAGGGGACGGUUUUGGGUGCGCCAUGGAAGUGAAGAUCAAUUUGUAUGUUAUGUCGCUCUACAUUUAUUGAUAGUGUGUGGGCGGGGACUGUAAAAUUUGUGAGGUGUGUUCUUCAUGGUGCACCUGGCAUGCCAUCUGGUGAAGGGAUUCUGAUGGGUGUGGGAAAGCAGGGGACUGCACCAAGCAGGGGACCGCACCUGUUCGAUGCCUUCCUCCAAUUAGAAAGCAGGGAGCAAGAUGGUGACACUGGUUGAUUUGGCUAAUCGUCAAGGAGUGAUGUGUCCCAGAGUUUGGACCAGAUUUGGGACCACAGUGUGACGAAGGUAGCCUGUGGAUGAUUGAUCUUUCAAGAUAUCAAUGGCCGUUUUGGUAAAGCUGCCAUUACUGGGUACUGGAUGUAUAUGGGUGUCGAUCGUGGAAGCGCACUUCAGCUGUCGUUGAGUUGGCUAUGGAGCUAGGCCACCGGAGAACAUAACGCUUAUGCAGGUGUUAUUUUCGCUGUGGAUUAGGGACCUUCAAUCUUCUGCAAGGAAGAUGGAUAGCAACUGCUGCCUCUGGCAAAAUCUAAGAUUGUGCGUUUGUGCAUCAGCUGAGGCCAAGCCGGACGGCACGAGGCAUUGGUGCAACAACGCCCUGCCAGAUAUCGCUACAAGGAGGUUUGGGAGGCUCUUUGCCCUGGCUCUGGGGAGGUGUAGGCGCUAACAGUUCCAGUUUCUUCUGAAAAUUAUUGGUCUGGCUGGGCGUGCAUGCCUUGCACAAGGUUGUGGUGGCCUCGGUUUUGCCUGGCCAACAGUUUGCAUAAUUCAGCAUGUUGUAUCUGUUUGAUCCGGGCACGUUGAGGACUGUUUGUUCAGGUCUCCCCUGAAAGGAAAGUCAGCAUAUGGAUUUGGCGGUUGACAUGGAUGCUCUGUACUGAUGAUGGUUCAAUUUAAAUCUAAACCAACUUUUUUUUUUCUUCAAUAUUUGUGUUGUUCUGCAAGCCAGCAGGUGCGGUGAAUUUCCUGCCUGUGUAGGGACGGGUUGUCGCUCAGAGCGUAGCUUUUUUCUUGUGUAUGGUAUUCCAAAUGCUUCGCUGAGACAGAGCUUUCGUUUGGUGUGCCUGGAAGUCGACAUUGUUGUUCAGGUAAGAGUGUUUGUUCGUCAGGCAUGCUUCAGCGAUCAGGCUUAGCUGUCUUUGCCUCAACCUCUGACGCCAACCGCAGCGGCUCUGCCACGACCACCACCUCCACCUCUUUCCUGCCUGUGUCAGAGCCUCGCCCAUUUACGGAUUCAUGGACCGUCGUUGAUGACAUGCUAUCCCGCUCGUCAACCCAAAUGGAGGAGGAGAUUGUGCUGCCUGCCUCCUGAUAAAGGGGUUGUGCAGCAGCCUGCCUCAAGUGUCAGGUUGGACGCUUACGACCUCUCCACCACGCACGCCGUCUCGUCUUCUGCACCUGAUCUUCUUUCUUCUGAUCUUGAUCGUGUGCUUCACGGUACACCAGUCUCGAUUUGGUACCACAGCGGAAGGCUGUGCUUUCCCCACCCAAAUGUGAGGAGCCAAUCAUGUUUGCACCCAUGUACAAUGGGAAGGACCAUCCUUGCUUGCAGCAUGGAGAACUUCCUGGAGGCUGUCGACGCUCAUAGCACUCGUUUCAAGAGUGACCGGGCAGUGAAACAGUUUUUUGGAAGAUGCGGAUGUGAGAGGGUUGCUGUGGCCACCUCCUUUCUGACCUCCCUCCCUUUCCCCCCGUCCGCCCUAAACAUGUCCUCCACCUGUACUGACCUUUUCUGUGCCACAUCUCCCGGCUUCAGGUUUCCUGCAAUUUGUGUAGAAAUUUUCCAUUACAAGCCCUCACGGCUGGCGACUUUGAAAUGUAGGGGCUGGCAUGGUUGCAGUCAGUCCUGUCUACUUGGUUCUGCGGAGGCGAUUCGUUCCCUAGUGAAUGAUUUGGUCAGCUUGGAAUCAGGAGGCCAGGUAUUUUCAGGGGUUGGAAUUCAGAAUAGUCUGUGCAGUGUGCUCUUGUGUAACAUGGAAACGAAGUCGCACUGGCCGAAGUCCCAGUGGCCGUUUCAACGGACUGUUUGUUGUUUUCUUUUUCCCGUCUAAAAGGAGAUUGACAUUUUGUUUUCACCAAAUACUUCAGCGGCACUGUCCAACUGAUUCAAGGGAGAUCGGCAGGGGUUGCUCCAGAAACCCGUACAAGAGUAUGCCAUGUUUUGCCAGUGUCUUGUCCACCCGAUUCUUAUUCGAUUCUUUCUGUUAUGUUCCUUUCGCUUGAUGGCGCAGUGUGCCAAGUGCCCGAGGUCAUGUCCCCCUUGUGCUUCGGGGAAGGUCCUUCAUGGCAAUUGGAACAACCGCGUGCUUGGAAUUUCAUUCACAGGGCCUUGUUUCGCUUUGCUUAGGCCCACUGCAUGAUAGUCUUCUCUGCAGUUCAUUGGCGAUUUGCCUCUGAUUUCGCUGCAGGGCAUGAUUUAUGCUCUUCUACUUAGAGCAGCAGCAGCGAGCUUGGUGGAAGUUGUAGCAGUGAUCUUGUGCAAUCCAAAAGGGCUGUAAAACAUCGAAAUCUUAUCUUCUUCUUCUUCUUCUUCUUCUUCUUCUUCUUCUUCUUCUUCUUUUGUUUAACCUUUUUGGCUUCAUGUUUUUUCCUAAAGAUUUGUAAAGUGUCUUUCCUAAAUUUGCUUACAUAUUUCUCAUUGCCUGUGCUUCAGUGUGUUGGUUGUUUCCUCCCUAGGAAACUUUCAUGUUGGCGUCUCCUCCCUGUUUCUUCAUAUCGUGUGAUUACAGGUGUGUGUCUUCUCCCUGUUUCUUCACAUUGUGUGAUUACCAUCGCACACUCCCUGGAUUCUCUUGGCGAGCCUGCCAUCGUGGCAAUUCUUCUGUUUUUCUCUGUUCUAAUUGAGAGUUUGGACAGGUUUGAGCGAAUGCUUCCAAAAG